CACGCUUCUCCACUCAUCACUCACCCGGGGACAGGCGCUGCUGGGAAGAUCCGGCCGGGGAAACCGAGGCACCACCAAGAUCCACGCCGGGGAAACAGCCUGCAUUCCGAGGGCGAAAUCCGCUCCCCUUCGUCGCUCCGCUCCAGGGAAAUCAGCUCGACUCGCCCGGUAGCUCAGGUGAAAUUCCCCACGUUCACCUGUUUCACAGCGGGUGAGAUCAGCCAAAUUCGCCCCGUGGAAUCGAGUGAAUUUCCCCAGCGAAACCAGCUGAGUUCGCCCCUUCGACCCGGGGAAAUCGGCUCACUCCGCCUGCCGGCGUCAGCGAAAUCCCGGGAAUCCGCCCAGGCCAGCUGCUCACUUCGCCCGGCGGGAAACUAACCCUGGAGACCCCUGCCCCGAGGAAGCCGAGCCCAGCCACGCCCGCAGCCAUGAGCACCGAAAGUCUGGUCUGCGACGUCGAGAAGGGGGGCGUUAUCGUGGUGCGGGAGUCGCGGCCCGGCGACGGCCGCUGGAAGUGUCUCAGCGUCUGCUCCUUCCUGCUGCUGAUGGGAGCCACGGCCGUCUUCGCUCUGCUGCAUUUCAGAAACGGGGGGCCCCUGGUGAGCCAGGACCCCAAAGAACCCAGGAGUUCGGGCCACACGCAGCAACUCACAGGUCCGAUGACGAUGAAGUUGCAAGCCCAGUCGCUGAACAAGCCAGCUGCCCAUGUCGUCGCAUCCACUGACUCCAAAGAGCUGAUCUGGACUGACGAAGUGGCACACACCAUGAUGCAGAACGGGAUGGCACUGGUAAACAACAAGUUGGUGGUCCCGUCCGACGGCCUCUACUUCAUCUACUCCCAGGUGGUCUUCAAGGGAGACAAAUGUCCGGAGGAGUCCAUUUAUCUCCAGCAUACCAUCUUUCGCUACUCCGUAGAGUACCCAGAAAACGUUGCCUUGCUGAGGGCCAUCAAGUCGUUCUGCGAGGGGUCCAAGGCAGCCAAGGACGAGAAGGGGGUACAGUUCGAGUCCAUCUACCAAGGAGCUGUCUUCCAGUUGAUGAAAGGCGACGAGAUCUCCUCUGAAAUCCACUCGGCCCAAUAUUUAGAUCUGAACAGCAAUGGGCAGGUGUAUUUUGGGGUGAUCGCAUUGGAAUUAGGAGUUCCCCAAUAAUGAUCCACUGUCUUCCAUCCUUGGCCAACUCAUCCUCCAUCCUUGGUCAACCCACCAUCUUCCAUCCUUGGUCAACCCUUCAACCCUCCUACCCAGCUGGCCUCCAAAGCCAAGACUACCAUCCCGCAUCCCACCACACCAAACUGACUAUCAGAGAUGCUCGGAAGACCUCUAUGGACGUCCUUUAUGCCUCUCUGCCAAUAUGCCCCAUGGGGCCACAGAUGUGCCCACCUCUAGGGACCAGAGGGGACCACAAUCUCUCUAGACUUGGCUUGUCUGCUGCGGUCAGGAUGGGGCAUUGGGUUGCAUCUUGGUAGGACCAAACAAGAACCUGCCAAGAGAAUGAUAUACCUGGUCAGAGCCGCUGAUCUACAAAAAUGUUGUGUUAACUAAUAUUGUGUUAUUUUUAUGGUUAUUAUUGGUAAUUAUUGUGCCUAAUAAUUUAUUUAUUUAUAUAUUUAUAUUUAUUGGGGUUAACAAAGCUGUGUUGGUGCAUGGAGAGAUUUUUUUGUGUGUUGUACACACCUACGGCAAGUGUAGGCGAUUGUGCGUGUGCCCACACAUUCUAAAAUUCUAUAUACGCAUCAGAAGGGGGUCCUGGGGGUGUCUACACAUAGACCCACAAAACGGCAGGCAAUGUUUGUGUGUUUGUAUCACACAGCUGCAGAUAAUAGACAGUUUUGUGUACACACACACACAAUUGUUGCCUGUGGGUCUUUGACACAAACCCACACCAAUAUUUGGCAAUUCUAGCCAUUUGUGUGUUUACAAAAUACCCAGAUUUUAGGAGAAUGUGUGUGUGUGUGUGUGUGUGCAGAGAUCACACAAUGUUGUGUGCAUGCACCACACAUACACACAGCAGUGUUAUGUUUCUCUUUAGCGCUGCAUGAUCUCUUUGCGUGUCACAAAGUCUUCUUUCCAACAAGACAGCCAUCCUCCAGAUCAAGCUGGCGGAAGGUGUGACAUUGUGUUGCGCUUUGCCCUGAGCAGCAACACACCCUCACCCCAACCUGCCAUGUCGCUGCGAGUGCUUUGUGGUGGCUGGACUAUGCGCUGGCCCCUCAGCUGUCAAAACGCCCCCAUCGGUACAGAUUCAGUAUAGGGUCCCUUUACGUAUACGGUGUAUACCUGACCCUAGCUGGCUAUAUGGAUGUAUAUUACACACAGCCAGGACUCCUGGGUUCUAUCCCAGCUCUGGGAGGGAAGUGGUGCCCAGUGGUUAGAGCGGGGGGGCCUGGGAGCCAGGACUUCUGAGUUACUCAAGAGAAUGAUGUUCUCAUUGUGAGGGGAAGAGAUAUUUGUAUCUGAGAUACAGUUUACUGUCGAAUCCCUGAUCUCAUGUCUUUUCAGGGAUUUAAAUUGUCUUAUGUUUUAUGUUAAAAUGUCACAUGCGGGGGGUGGGGCUUAUGCGUCCAACUCGUUGAAUGUUUGCUGGAACGAAUCUCUUGCCACUCCUGCGGGAACGGUGGCGUGGUUUUAUUUUGUGUAGGGUUUUAUUUAUUGUGGUUAUUUAUUGUGUGUUUAUUCCCCCUAUGCGGGGAGAGAAGGGGGGGUGGAAAGCUGUUUGUCUUUUGUUUGAAAUGGCCUAUGAAACAGGCCAACCAAUAAACUUUCGAAACGGA